AAAUGCAAGCUCUGACGAAUGUUCUCUAUCAUAUUUAAAACGAUGAAAAUUAAGCAAGCGGGAGGGAAGGAGGGAGGGAAUCUCUCGGGAGAGAGCGAGGGAAGCUGGAAGUGGAGCUAAAAAUGGAGGAGCAUAAGAGUGAGAUAGGGAGAGUUUGUGUUACUGGAGCAGGGGGUUUUAUUGCCUCCUGGCUUGUGAAGCUUCUCCUCUCCAAGGGUUAUAAGGUUCAUGGCACCGUCAGAGAUCCAAGUAAUGAAAAGAAUGAUCAUUUGAAGAAGUUGGAUAAGGCCACAGAGAAUCUGCAACUCUUUAAGGCAGACUUGCUUGACUACAAUACUGUUGAGGCAGCUAUUUCUGGUUGUGAAGGAGUCUUCCAUGUUGCUAGCCCUGUUAUUUUAAGCGGAAUUUCGAAUCCAGAGGAAGAACUAAUAAAACCUGCUCUUGUGGGAACUAAAAACGUACUCAAAGCAUGCACGAAGGCAAAUGUGAAAAGAGUUGUGGUUGUUUCUUCUGUUUCUUCUAUAGUAUCUAAUCCAGAUUGGCCACAAGGUACUAUAAUGGAUGAGAACUGCUGGUCAGAUGAGGAGUUUUGUAAGUCCACUGAGGAUUGGUAUUCCCUUUCCAAGACAAUGGCAGAGAAGGAAGCAUUCAGACAUGCUCAGGAAACUGGACUUGAUGUUGUCACUCUCUGUCCAAGUAUAGUUAUUGGACCUCUACUGCAAUCAACUGUGAAUGUCAGCAGCUUCUUGCUCCUCGACAUUUUGAAAGGAUCCAGUGAGUAUACAGAGAAGGAUCGUAACUGGCUUUUUGUUGAUGUUAGAGACGUAGCUGAAGCUGCACUUCUGAUAUAUGAGAAGCGUGAGGCAUCUGGACGUUAUAUUUGCACACUUGACCCCAUUAAAAUUGGCGACUUCUUCGGCAUGUUGAAGAACAUAUAUCCUGGUUUUAAAUACCAUAAGAAUUUCCGUGAGCUGGGUAUAGAUUUACAUAUGAGUUCGGAGAAAUUGAGGAAGAUUGGUUGGAAGCACAGGACACUAAAGGAGGCCGUUUCUGAUUCAGUUCAAUACUAUGAAGAAGCUGGUCUUUUAAAAAUGGAAUAGAAGCUCAUGAAAUGCUGAAUUUGCUUGAGAUUAAAUUGUACAAAUAAAACUGGCAUACUCUGAAUGUCCUAUGAAUUUCUUCUAUCACUCUUGCAGAAACUCUAUGAACUUCAUGCUAUUUGUAACUUUCUUUGAUUAAGCACUUGGCUGCAAUAUUGAGGGUUGGUUUGGUGUGUGCUGCAAA